AUGGAAAAGGUGUCAGACAACAGGCAGUCUGUAACCAGUGUGACUAUGGACAGCAAAGGACAGAAGCUCAACCUGAAACGGGAAGUCGGGCUGGUUGGAGCAGUGUCCCUCAUCGCAGGGACCAUGAUUGGCUCUGGCAUCUUCAUGUCCCCCCAGUCGGUGCUCUUCAACAUCGGCAGCCCCGGAGCCAGCCUUGUGAUUUGGGCCUGCUGUGGGCUGAUAGCCUUGCUGGGGUCCCUCUCCUAUGCAGAAUUAGGAACUAUCAUCCCUGAGUCUGGUGGAGAGUACAUCUACAUGCUGCGGACAUAUGGAAAAGUUGUAGCCUUCAUGUUUGUCUUCAGCUUCAUUAUUGUGAUGAGGCCUGCCAGUACUACAGGAAUCGCGCUAAGCUUUGCUGAAUAUAUUGUGGCCCCAUUCUAUGAUGGCUGCACCCCUCCUGAGCUGGUAGUGAAGCUGGUGGCUGCUGGAGCUCUGCUGGUUUUGGCUGUAAUCAACUGUAUGAACGUGCGCUUGGCCAUGCACAUUCAGAUGUUGACCAUGGUGGUCAAAGUGCUCACUCUGGCAGUGAUAAUACUUGGAGGCAUGGUGAUGCUUUUCAAGGGCCACACUGAGAAUUUUCAGGAGCCCUUUGAGGGAACAGAUGUCCGCAUCAGCUCCAUUGGGAUUGCUUUCUAUCAGGUCUUGUGGUCCUAUGACGGGUGGAACACUUUGAACUACAUAACUGAGGAGCUGAAAUGUCCAGAGGUGAAUCUUCCCAGAGCUGUUUUGAUCGCCAUUUCCAUGGUGACUGUGUUGUACCUGCUGGUGAACGUGAGCUACUUUGUAGUACUGACACCAAGAGAGCUGAUUACCUCCAGUGCUGUAGCAGUAACCUGGGGGAAUAAGGUGCUGGGAGACUGGGGAUGGAUCAUGUCUGUGGCUGCAGCAUUAUCUGCUUUCGGUUCUCUGAAUGGAUCAUUUUUCAGUGGUGGCCGUGUGUGCUUUGUUGCUGCAAGGGAGGGACACAUGCCAGAUAUUCUGUCCAUGGCUCAUGUCCACAGAUUGACUCCGUCCCCAGCGCUGAUCUUCACAACUAUCAUCUCCCUUGUAGUACUGAUUCCUGGAGACUUUGAGUCCAUUGUCAACUUUUUCAGUUUCACUUCCUGGUUUUUCUACGGAGUCACCCUUUCUGGACUACUCUACCUCAAGAUCAAGAAGCCAGAACUCCACAGGCCAUACAAGGUGCCCAUUGUAAUCCCCAUAUUGAUCCUCAUCGCAGCAGUCGGCCUUGUGCUGGCUCCCAUCGUGGACAAUCCCCAGAUAGAAUACCUCUAUGUGACUUUAUUCAUCUUCAGUGGAGUUUUAGUCUAUGUGCCCUUCAUCCAUUACAAGCUCUGCCCUGGCCUGUUGAGGAAGGUAACAAUAAUCCUGCAGCUUUUCUUGGAGGUUGCACCAGCAGAGAAAAACCUCUGAUUCAAGCAAAGUUUACCAGACAGUUUGGCAAAACAUAACAUCUACCUGUUCACUACAUCUGCAAAGAAUGCAUUUAGGUUAAUCUAAGUCAACCUUUUCCACAUCCUUUUUAUUUUCAUAAUGUGUCUUGGCCAGUACCAUUAUGUAAACAGUGAAACACAGUAGUACUCUGUGCCUCUCCCUCCCACACCACUCCCACCCCCCUCACCGAUAAAUAAAACGACUAAGACAACAAAUACACAUACAUGAGGAAAAUAAGAGAGUAAAUCAUAAUCAUAAAUUUUCAGCUUGAGAAAAUAUACGUGCAUGUACACAUCAAAAUUCCUACAUAUCAAUGUAUAAACAAAUAAAUAAAACACCAAACACAAAAACAGUGGAAGAGUCAUAAAAAACAGUAUUAUAAUAUGUUCAUGACUUAUGCUAUCUUUCCAUACAGGCUCAGGUUCCUCACUUUUCCAAGUCUGUUAUUGACUUUUCAAAGUAGCUUCACUAUGUUCUUAUGCAGGAAUGAGAUUCAGAUGCCACAUAUUAAGUUGAAUAUCCCAUUCUGUGCUCUAGCAAUUCUUAAUAAACUUUUUUUUUUAU